AGAUUAAUCGCAUCGUUUACCGUGCUUUUUUUUUUUUGCCCUGACCGGAAGUCAGAGUCCGUUGACCAUGGCGGAACCAAUGUCGGAUGCAGAGUGCGCAGUUUAGUUUAUAAUUCUACGUCAUUCCAGCUAACGCUUGUAGUCGGGAGGGUGGCCUGCCGCUUUAAAUAUUUAUUCAUAUUCAUACAUGUCCGACUUGUUAGGAUGGUCGCGCUUCGGCUAAAUCUUCCCGAAUUUGGACUGAAUGUUCGGAAUCCUCGACGGGGGACGCCCCUGGUCACUGACUACUGCAGUGGACUCAAAACAUCCUCCGCGUGGGUCUUCUAAUCCUAGUUUAGCAUAGCUUGCUAAAAAAGUGAGACGUUCAAGAGCAACACUUCGCUCAGUACAAAUCAAGCGUGAGCGGGAAACUGCGAACGGCGGAUGAAAAAUGUGCGCAAGGAGGGCGGCGGCGUACGAGGAACGACUUUGCGGACCAAAAGAGGAGAAGGAGCCACGACCUCAACUCCUGGACGCUGUGUUCAGUCUGCAGCCCCGAAUUGUGCGACGCAGAGAUGUCUGUGAACGUCUCGGUCCUGAGCGACAGGCGCCGAGGUUCCUUCACGUUAAAGCGGAAGUGGACGGUAAAGAGCUUUCCCGCGUUCAAGAGGAAGCGGAGUCGGAGCCCCCCCGCGUCAAAGAGGAGCCGGCGCUCUCCGGCGUCAAAAGAGACGAGGAGGAAGAGGAGGAUACGACCACGUUGCCGUCCACUGGUGUCCAUUUGAAGAGCGAAGAUGAUGGUCAAAGUGGGAAAAGCGGAGGGCCGGAGCUUCCCAGCGGCAGCUCGCGUCACCACAUGACAACAGGAAGUGACCGCCAAGCAGACGGCCUCUUUCCUCCGCUAUCAGAUAGCGACGACCCGUCACACUCGCCUGACUGUCAUGACAGCAAACGCUGGAAAUGUUUCCAGUGUGGAAAAACGUUUCCUUAUAAGAGCCGCGUGAAGCAGCACAUGAGAAUCCACACCGGGGAGAAACCAUUUGCCUGCCCCAUUUGCGGGAAACGAAUCGCUUCAAGGCAACGUUUAGCGUUGCACACGAGGAUCCACACAGGUGAGAAACCGUUUGUCUGCUCACUUUGCGGGAAAGGGUUCUCUGAUAAGGGAUACUUGAGACGGCACACAAAAGUGCACACUGGAGAGAAACCUUUUGCCUGCUCACAUUGCGGAAAAAGGUUUUCUCAUAAGGGGCAUAUGAGGAUUCACACAAGAAUCCACACUGGAGAGAAACCCUUUUCCUGCACAGUCUGCGGCCAGAGAUUUUCCGACAAGGCAAUUUUAAAAGGUCACGCGGUAACGCACACCGGUGAGAAACCCUUUUCCUGCUCGGUUUGCGGGCAAAGAUUCUCCGAUAGCGGAAACCACGCACGACACAUGAAAACCCACGCCGGAGUGAAACCUUUUUCCUGCUCAGCUUGUGGCCAAGGAUUCUCUCGGCGGUACGAGGUGAAGACGCACAACUGUGUCGUUCGAUGACCAAUCAUCAGUGAGCGAUGAAGUUUUAUUAUCUGAACUGGGUUCUUCGGUUCCGGAACCAAAGAUCUUUUAAAAGGUCUCCUGUGGGCGAGAGUUGAAAAUCAGCACUGACUUUGAAACACAGCAAUGCGUAUGGUUUCUCCAAUAUUUUUGUGAUGAAAAAAAAAAAUAAAU